AAGAUACAAUUCCUUUAUCGCUUCAAAUGAUGCUAAGCAAUCAGGGAGAGAAAGCUAGAAGAAGACGAAGGGCAAAGGCAGCAGCAGCAGUAUAUGGUCGGAUUUUCGUAGUCAACGUUGCCAAAAUUGCAUUUUUAUUUGUUUGAUUUUUUUUGUUUAAAUCGGCUACGUUUUCGUUAAAGUCCUGUUGCGUUUCACUUUUGUUUUGUUCUUUUAACGGUAUGUAGCAACGAAUGGAGGUGAUAAAUACAGAUUCGAUCAAAGAAAUCCGUUUCAAAACUGAGCCAAUUAUGUCAGCCCAGUUUCACUGGCGACGCUGCUCUGCAAAUCGGCGGAACAAGAGUUUGCUAGUGCGCCUCAACUACCAAAAAUCAUGGCAAAAGUGCAUUCACCAUGGAGGGUGGCACACUCUUCAAGAGACGCGCCCGUGUGCUGUAUGUUAACAAUAAUGCUAGAACCGCCAUCGAACGUCCCCUCUUCGUACAGGACAGGACUUUGAAACAGUUAAGCAAGCUUACGCGUAAGAACUUUCACACUCUAGCUACACUACCUAUCUCACACACAUCCACACACAAACACACAAAAGGGCUGUAGUGCGAUAAUCAUCGCGUUCGAUGCCAUUGAUAUAUGCAAAAGCCUCACCUGGGUGCAGGUUGUCUCCGUUUUAGUUUUUGUCAGAAUUCCUCCUGGUAGUUAUGUAUAAGCCCGUUUAGCCGUUAGCAGAGGGUGCGUGUUACAUUGUUAAACAUGAUUUCAGUACAGUUAUCGUUAAGUGCCGAUAUUGAAGCAACAAAAUCAUCUCUAGUUUAUUGCUACAUUUAUUAAUGCCUUAGAAUUGAUGUUUAAGUUUGCAUCUAGCGCCUCUUCUAGUUGUAAUUAAAGACCACACCCAUGGAAGUAGUGGGAGAAUGAGAGAGAUGAUAUGCUGAAGAAAGGGAAUUCUGAAUUCACGCGAUUCGAUAACUAUGGUUGGAGUAGUAUGUAUGAAAGCAAUCAAAUGAAAUGCUAAGAAAAGUUCGAAGGAACACAACCAGCCUAUGCUCAACUGGGAGCGUCUUAAACCAACUUAUAGCUUACACAGUGCUGCACUGGAAAAUACUAAAACGGAAUGCAAAGCUAGCCUUUUGACAGUGGAACUUAGACAAAUUUAUGUAAACGUUUAUCUUAUUAGAAUUUAUGCUUCACAGAAACCCAGCCAAGCCUCUCUUCUAUGGAGGCUUUAUUCAAUGAGCAUAUAACGGAACUUUUCAAACGUUUUUUGCCUUUAAUUGUGAAAUAUCGAAUUUCCUAGGUGUGUCAGAAUCGAACAUUAUGAUUAUAAUUUGAUUCAUUCACUUUCUCCUUAUUGGUUCCAUCUUUUAGUUAGAUUUUUCAUCAAUGAAAUGUAGAAUGAGGGCAUAGAAGCAGUGCCACAAUUCCCGGUCAAAUAAGCUCUAUCCUACUAAGUUACUAGGUCUUUUUGUCUAUAAUUCGGAAAGUUUUUGUGUACUAUGGAAACUAUUCUAAUGAUAUUUAAUAGCAAACUUCAUUUUCAUGAUAUGAACAUUA